ACCUCCAAUCCGCUGAAAAAAUGAUGGUGACUUUUAUGCUAACCGGGGACCGAAGAGGGGCUGAAUGCAAACAAGCCGCGUGAAUGAAUGGGGUGACUUAGCAUCACUGCCUUUUUGCCCCCCCUCCCCCCCGAGAAGGAAGCGUGAAUUUCCCAGGACCAGAAAUAAUGAUGGAGCAGGAAAUGACGCGUUUGCAUCGCAGAGUGUCGGAGGUGGAGGCUGUGCUUAGCCAAAAGGAGGUGGAACUGAAAGCCUCCGAGACCCAGCGAUCCCUCCUGGAACAGGACCUGGCUACCUACAUCACAGAAUGCAGUAGCUUAAAGCGAAGUCUGGAACAGGCUCGGAUGGAAGUGUCUCAAGAGGAUGACAAGGCGCUGCAACUCCUUCACGAUAUAAGAGAACAAAGUCGCAAGUUGCAGGAAAUCAAAGAACAGGAGUACCAAGCUCAAGUGGAGGAAAUGCGACUGAUGAUGAAUCAGCUAGAAGAAGACCUUAUUUCUGCUCGCAGACGCAGCGAUCUUUACGAAUCGGAGCUGAGGGAAUCUCGACUGGCGGCGGAGGAGUUCAAGCGAAAAGCCACCGAAUGUCACAACCGGCUCCAGAAAGUCGUCAAGGUUAAAGACCAAGGAAAAACGGAAGUUGGAGAGCUGUAUUCCAAGCUGGAGAAGAUCAACGCAGAUCAACAGGUGAAAAUUCAAGAACUCCAAGAGAAGUUGACAAAG